AUGGAAGUUCAACACCAGCUGCAUGGAGUUUCGCAGCGCCUCUAUGUUCUGCCCAUGUCGUCGAUCCCUCGAACAGCAGACGAUUUCAGAUCUGAAAGAACGCCUCGUCCUACCUUGCCAAGAAUCAGCACAAGCGAUACGGCAAUGAGUUCCAUGUUCAGAAACCACGAGGCAAAACUUAGAAGAAGAUUCAGUGACAAGGAGUUUUUGAUCCACGGAAAUGCAAUCUUGUCUCAGAAUGCAACAUCGCAGAAGCCGAGGAAAGUCAAGCCUGUGGAGAUCGAAUCUACUUGGAGUCAGCAAGUCAAAUUUAUCAACGAGAGAAGAUCCAGGUUUGUGGAGAAAAAGCAGCCAGAUGUUGCUGAUGAAUACGGAAAUGCUUCAAGACAGAUCAAUAUCAUUCUGAAUGGAAAGCUAUAUGAUGGAGCAGGGGACGUUCUGAGAACAAGAAAACUACAGCAGAUUUCACCAGGGAAGAGCAAGCGAUUAUUCUCCAUCACUCGUUCCAAUGGCAAGAAAACAGGGGAGAUGCAAGUUGCAGGGGUAUCGUGCAAGCUUCCUGAGCACAGAGUUGAGCACACGUUUGUAACGAGCGAGGAAUCUUUCAAGGCACUGAAGAGCUACAUCCCCACCCUCGAAGACAUAGUGAACAAGGAGCUAGACGACAUGAGACUCGAAACUCGAGUGACCGGAAACUCCUCGCUUGUUCGCCAGAUGAAAACUCAGGCGCUCAAGUUUAGAAGGUUCUUGGAAAGCGUGAUUACAUCUUCCGAGAGACUAGGAGAGGUGGCAUUCCGUGAAUGCUGGUUUGCGGAGCAUGUGUCUGCAAAGACAAGGAGAAAGAUUCUGAGCGAUACGUGGAGCACGUUGACAUCCAACGACUUUCGGAUCGCAGAAGACUUCUUCCGAAUGUUCGUUCCAGACCUUGCGGAGCUGAGCACUAAGGCUGAGGAUGACGAUGAGGAAAGCGGUGAACUGCUCGUCAAGAUGUUCGAGACCUUGACAGGAAGGCCGUUGCAAGCCCUGGAGGACGACGAUGCGAUUGUAUCUCAACACCCGGAGACUGCGAACAGAUAUGAGAGACUGAAAGAGCUCGACUCCGAGCUUGCUCAGACAUGUCUCCUGUGCCGAGCGAUGAUUGUUCCUCAUUUCUUCUUGAUCCUCUUGUCGUCUCAUGGCAAGCAAAUCUCAGUCUCCGUCAACUGCCCACAGAGCGAGCACCAGAAGCUUUGGGUCAAGACUUGCUUGUUGAUCAAAGUUCAGCAAGUGCUCGAGUCCUUGCUCAACUGUCUUCCCCGUCGCAUCGUCAACUCGUCUUGUCCUGUAGUCCCAUGUGGGAUCCCUAGAACGGCGAUCGGCUGA